CAAAAAAACCGGAAAGGGGAAGAGACCUGGAAAGGGUGGGAAUCGUUUCUGGAAGAGCAUUGGAUUAGGAUUCAAGACGCCAAGGGAAGCCACUGAAGGAACAUACAUUGAUAAGAAAUGCCCCUUCACUGGAACUGUUUCUAUUAGGGGCCGUAUUUUAGCUGGAACUUGUCAUAGUGCUAAGAUGGUCAGGACCAUUAUUGUCAGGAGGAACUAUCUACACUAUGUUAAGAAGUAUCAGAGGUAUGAGAAAAGGCACUCCAAUAUUCCUGCUCACAUAUCUCCUUGCUUCCGUGUCAAGGAGGGCGAUCAUGUUAUUAUUGGCCAAUGCAGGCCAUUGUCAAAGACAGUGAGGUUCAAUGUGUUAAAGGUCAUUCCUGCUGGAUCCUCAAGUCGUGGGAAGAAGGCUUUUGCUGGAAUUUAAAUCAUGUAGGGUUUCGCUUUUGAUAAAAAAACUGCAUGAAAGAACUUUCGAGUUUUAGGCCAUAUUUGUGAUGCAAGAGGGUUUUGAAGACUUACAGCCUGGAUUUUGAUAUGAAUAUGGACUGUUUUAUUCUGUUCUAUUUGUUUUAAUUUCUUGGUCUUAAUUUUAGCAGAUUUGGGGUUUUGAAGGGUACCAAAUUCUCUUGUUGUCUUAUAGGUAUUCUAAUACAUGUCAGUUUUAUAAUAUGAGAUUUUCUUUGCACUGUGUUAA